CAGGUAUUUAAAAACCUCGAAAUUCAAGCACAGAUCCACCUGUGUAGGAUUCUGCACUUCAUUGCCCUGCUGAUCGGGGACGCGAUGGCUUCGGAUUCCACUUGCGACGAGCUGGUGUUCUUCGUCAAUGGGAAAAAGAUCGUGGAAAAAAAUGCAGAACCUGAAAUGACCUUGCUGACAUUCCUAAGACGAAAGUUGGGUCUGACAGGAUCCAAGCUGGGCUGUGCUGAGGGAGGGUGUGGUGCCUGUACGGUGAUGGUGUCCCGGUUCCAUCCCCAUCGGGAGAAGAUUGUUCACUAUUCUAUAAAUGCCUGUCUGGCUCCUGUCUGUUCCCUGCAUCACAGUGCUAUCACCACAGUGGAAGGAAUUGGCAGUGUUAAAACCAAACUUCACCCUGUUCAGGAGAGAAUAGCCAAGGCUCAUGGCUCUCAGUGUGGAUUCUGUACUCCAGGGAUUGUCAUGUCCAUGUAUUCGUUACUGCGAAAUGAGCCUAACCCAUCCAUGAAGGAUAUCGAAGAUGCUUUCCAAGGUAAUUUGUGCCGCUGCACUGGUUACAGACCCAUUUUGGAGGGAUACAAAACAUUUGCUAGAGAUGUGGGCUGCUGUGGUGCAGGAGGAAAGGAGAAUGGAUGUUGCAUGAACAAAGAAGGCAGAUGCAAUUUGCAGGAGCAAUCUUCAGCACAGCUCUUCAAUGUUUCUGAAUUCAUACCUCUGGACCCUACACAAGAGCUUAUAUUUCCACCAGAGCUACAGCGACUGGAAAAAUCACAGAACAAGCAGCUGCGAUUCAAGGGAGAGAGAGUCACAUGGAUUCAACCCAGCUCGCUCACUGAGCUGCUUGAUCUCAAGUACCAGUUUCCUGAAGCCAAGCUUGUGGUUGGCAAUACUGAAGUUGGUAUUGAGAUGAAGUUUAAGAACAUGUUGUACCCUGUGAUUCUUGCUCCAGCGUAUAUCCCAGAGCUCAACAUUAUACAGUACAAUGAGAGAGGAAUUGUGUUUGGGGCUGCAUGCAGCCUGACCCUGAUUGGAGAAGAGCUGAGGAAAGCAGUGUCACAGCUACCCAAAUGCCAGACUGGAGUGUUUCAGGCAGUUCUGGAGCAGCUCAGAUGGUUUGCUGGACAACAAAUCCGAAAUGUUGCAGCACUAGGAGGCAAUAUCAUGACAGCAAGUCCGAUCUCUGACCUGAACCCUGUCUUCAUGGCUGCAGGCAGCAAGGCCGCACUGUUGUCCAAAGUUGGUAAACGAGAGAUCCACAUUGAUGAAAAUUUUUUUAUUGGCUACCGAAAAACAUCCAUAAAGCCUGACGAGAUACUUCUGUCUAUUGAAAUUCCUUACACAAGGAAGGGCCAGUAUUUCUCAGCCUUCAAGCAGGCUUCCCGGCGUGAGGACGACAUCGCUAUAGUAACAUGUGGAAUGAAUGUUCUCUUUAAAGAGGGAACUAAUAAAGUAAAAGAGCUCCAUCUGAGUUAUGGGGGAAUGGCUCCAAUUACAGUGCUGGCAAAGAAGACUUGCAAACAGCUUACUGACAGAGAGUGGACUGAGGAUCUGCUGCAGGAGGCCCUGUCUUCCCUGUCUACGGAAAUGAGCCUGGACCCUUCAGCCCCUGGGGGCCUUGUCCAGUAUAGACGCACUCUGGCACUCAGCCUCUUCUUCAAGUUCUUCCUCACUGUCCGGCACAAACUGGCCCAGGAUCUCAAGGACCAGGGGAUUCAUACUGAAGACUUACGACCCGACUAUGUCAGUGCAACAGAGCUGUUUCAUAACAAUUCACCUUCUAGUGUUCAGCUUUUCCAGGUAAAAAUUCCUGUUUUUCGAUGUUUAGUUGCUGUAAAUUUUCUGAUGAUUCUGGCCUUUUUGUGUGUACUGGAUGUUAAACUUGAUUUGGCUGCAGGAGUAGUUCAAAAUGCAUUCUUCCCUGAACUGGCGUUCCUGUGCCAAGGAGGAUUUGUGGAAGGAAAGUGCAUGACAGCAGUUGAUCAGUUUUUUUGUUCUUUUUCUUGUAGCUCCAUUGACACCCAGGAAGCUAUGGCUGUACCUGGAGUAGUGACCUUCCUCUCAGUCAAAGAUGUCCCAGGGAGCAACAGUACUGGCCCAGUUAUUUAUGAUGAAACAGUCUUUGCUGAAGACAUGGUCACAUGUGUUGGUCACAUUAUUGGGGCCAUAGUUGCAGACACAAAAGCACAUGCUCAGAGAGCUGCUAAACUUGUACAGAUCUGCUACAAGGACCUGCAACCUGUUAUCACAAUUCAGGAGGCAAUAGCAAGUCAAUCAUUUUAUGAGCCUAUCAGAAAGAUUGAAAGAGGGAACAUUAACCAAGGAUUUCAGGAAGCAGAUCAGAUCUUGGAAGGACAGAUGCAUAUUGGAGGACAAGAACACUUCUACAUGGAAACACACUGCAGCCUUGCUGUUCCAAAAGGAGAAGAUGGAGAAAUGGAGCUUUUUGUGUCCACACAGGCUACAGCAAAGACACAACAACUUGUUGCCAAGGCCUUGGGGGUGCCCGCCAAUAGGAUUGUGUGCAGAGUGAAGAGAAUGGGAGGUGGCUUUGGAGGGAAGGAGUCUAGAAGUACCCUAUUGUCAACUGUGGUUGCUGUUGCAGCUCACAAAACAGGAAGGCCUGUGCGGUGCAUGCUGGACCGCGAUGAAGAUAUGCUUAUCAGUGGAGGACGCCAUCCUUUCCUGGGGUCUUAUAAGGUUGGUUUCAUGAACUCUGGACAGGUAGUGGCACUUGAUGUCACUUUUUACAGCAAUGCAGGCAACUCUGUGGAUCUCUCAAUCCCAAUCAUGGAGCGGGCUCUGUUUCACAUGGAGAACUCAUACAACAUUCCUCACAUCAGAGGUACCGGCUUCAUCUGUAAGACCAACCUGCCCUCAAACACAGCCUUUCGGGGCUUCGGCGGACCUCAGGGCAUGAUGGUGGCGGAGAGCUGGAUAAGUGAUGUAGCAAUGAAGUGUGGCCUGCCAGCCAACCAGGUGCGCAGAAUAAACAUGUAUAAAGAAGGAGAUGUGACACCAUUCAGUCAGAAGCUGGAGCAGUUCACCAUACAGCAGUGCUGGGAAGAGUGUAUGGAGACUUCUAGAUAUCAGCAACGAAGGGAAGAGCUGGAGGAAUUUAACAGACGGAAUCGUUGGAGGAAAAGAGGAAUUGCCAUUAUUCCCACCAAAUUUGGAAUCAGUUUUACAGUCACAUUUCUGAACCAGGCUGGGGCCCUGAUUCAUGUCUACACAGAUGGCUCUGUCCUGCUCACUCAUGGCGGAACAGAGAUGGGACAGGGCUUGCAUACCAAGAUGGUCCAGGUAGCCAGUAAAGCCCUGGGCAUUCCCUCUUCCAAGAUACAUAUCAGUGAAACCAGCACCAACACUGUUCCCAACACUAGUCCCACAGCUGCCUCUGUCAGCUCCGACCUCAAUGGGAUGGCCAUCUAUACCGCAUGCCAGAAGCUGCUGAAGCGCUUGGAGCCAUAUAAGGCCAAAAAUCCUAAGGGCUGCUGGGAGAACUGGGUGAGAGAUGCCUAUUUUGACAGGGUGAGCUUAUCAGCCACAGGGUUCUAUAAGAUCCCUGAUAUUGCCUAUGAUUUUGAAAAAAAUGAAGGAAAACCAUUUCAUUACUUCAGCUAUGGGGUGGCAUGCUCUGAGGUUGAAAUUGACUGCCUGACAGGUGACCACAAGAACCUUAGAACCUACAUUGUUAUGGAUGUUGGCUUAAGUCUUAACCCUGCUAUUGAUAUUGGUCAGGUGGAAGGUGCAUUCAUGCAAGGGGUGGGCCUGUUCACUAUGGAGGAGCUACGCUACUCUCCUGAAGGCCUCUUGUACACCAGAGGUCCUGGCACGUACAAGAUUCCCGGAUUCGGUGACAUCCCCACGGAGCUCAGUGUGUCGCUCCUUCGAGAUACUCCCAAUGCCAAGGCCAUCUUCUCUUCCAAGGCCGUUGGGGAGCCCCCACUCUUCCUCGCUGCCUCUGUGUUUUAUGCCAUUAAAGAUGCCAUUGCAGCAGCAAGGGCUGAGUCCGGUUUCACUGGGCCCUUCAGACUGGACAGCCCAGCAACUCCAGAGAGAAUCCGUAACGCCUGCGUCGACACCAUCACCAAACUGUGUCCCCCAGCAGAACCAGGAACCUUCACUCCCUGGGCAGUGGAAGUGUGAAGAGCAACUUGUUCACCACUCUCACCAAGAAGCAAAGUGCCUGUGGCCCAUUACAUUGUUCAGGGAAGAUCUGUUCUGUAACCUGAUUACAGAAAUAUCCCAGUAUCCCAUCACACAAAACAGCAAUAAAGUACACCCUGUUUAACUUUCA